GCAUGCGCCAGCCCGGUGCCCGCCCCUCGACCUGGAGUUGAUGUCACAUCCGGCGGCGGCGGCAGCGGUGCUGGUUUUCACCCGGGCCGUCGGGGCGGGCUCGCGUGUCCCAGGUGUCCCGCCGUCUCCCUCCUUCCCGCAGGACUCGCCCCUCCUGGCCCUGGGCCCCAACGGUGCCCGCCUGCCCGGCGGUCGGUCAGCGCACAGGGCACGGCUUCCUCUGCUUCUCCGGACCACUUAGUCUCAACCCGGGCGUGUUUCCACUUCUAGAGAAUGAAAUAUGACUGACGACUCUCAGAGAAACUUUCGUUCAGUAUAUUAUGAGAAAGUGGGGUUUCGUGGAGUUGAAGAAAAGAAAUCAUUAGAAAUUCUCCUAAAAGAUGACCGUCUGGAUACAGAGAAACUUUGUACUUUUAGUCAGAGGUUCCCUCUCCCGUCCAUGUACCGUGCAUUGGUAUGGAAGGUGCUUUUAGGAAUACUGCCUCCACACCAUGAGUCCCAUGCCAAGGUGAUGAUGUAUCGUAAGGAGCAGUACUCGGAUGUCCUUCAUGCCCUGAAAGUCGUUCGCUUUGUUAGUGAUGCCACACCUCAGGCUGAAGUCUAUCUCCGCAUGUAUCAGCUGGAGUCUGGGAAGUUACCUCGAAGUCCCUCUUUUCCACUGGAGCCAGAAGAUGAAGUAUUUCUUGCUAUAGCUAAAGCCAUGGAGGAAAUGGUGGAAGACAGCGUCGACUGUUACUGGAUCACCCGACGCUUUGUGAACCAAUUAAAUACCAAGUACCGGGAUUCUUUACCCCAGUUGCCAAAAGCAUUUGAACAAUACUUGAAUCUGGAAGAUGGCAGACUGCUGACUCAUCUGAAGAUGUGUUCCGCGGCGCCCAGACUUCCUUAUGAUCUCUGGUUCAAGAGGUGCUUUGCGGGAUGUUUGCCUGAAUCCAGUUUACAGAGGGUUUGGGAUAAAGUUGUGAGUGGAUCCUGUAAGAUCCUAGUUUUUGUAGCUGUCGAAAUUUUAUUAACCUUUAAAAUAAAAGUUAUGGCACUGAACAGUGCAGAGAAGAUAACAAAGUUUCUGGAAAAUAUUCCCCAGGACAGCUCAGACGCGAUCGUGAGCAAGGCCAUUGACUUGUGGCACAAACACUGUGGAACCCCGGUCCAUUCAAGCUGAACGCACCUGCUGGUUGUGGACCGUCUGCCAGGCCCACCCUGAGCAUUGUGUUCUUGGCAUGUGAUCUGGGAAACUGAUUGAAUAAUACACUUUUCUUGCUCUGGUGCUCACAGUGGUUUUUUUUUUUUUUCCCCCAAUAAAAUUAUUUAAUUGAAA